ACGUGUUUCCUCCUCCUGGUUCUCCUGUUUGCGCGGCGGAGCUCCAGGAGUCCUGAUGGAAACGUGGAUAAAGUUGAUGUUGUUGAGCAGCUGCUGCUUUGGAGCAAGUGCUGACUUCGAUGGGAGGUGGCCUCGACAGAUGUCAUCAUCCAACGGGCUGUGUCGCUACGGGGCCAGGGUGGACUGCUGCUGGGGGUGGACGCGCCGCUCCUGGGGUCACUGCCAGCCUCUCUUCGCCUUAACUCACAGAGUAGUCGGGAUAAGGUGCCAACCCCAAGCUGUGUGCCAGCCCGGCUGUAAGAACGGAGACUGCAUGGGACCCAAUAAGUGCAAGUGUCAUCCUGGCUUCACUGGCAAGACCUGCAAUCAAGACCUGAACGAGUGCGGGCUGAAGCCGAGGCCCUGCAAGCACAGGUGCAUGAACACAUACGGGAGUUACAAAUGCUACUGCCUUAAUGGGUACAUGCUGCUGCCUGAUGGCACGUGUGGAAAUGCUCGCACUUGUGCCGUGGCCAACUGCCAGUACGGUUGUGAGGUUCUGAAAGGAGAGGUCCGAUGUCAGUGUCCAUCACCGGGAUUACAGCUGGCUCCAGAUGGAAGAACCUGUGUGGAUGUGGAUGAAUGUGCAGCGGGGAUUGCGGUGUGUCCCCGGUUCAGAAAAUGCAUCAACACCUUCGGUAGCUACAUCUGCAAGUGCCACGAAGGCUUUGACCUGCAAUACAUCAAUGGGAAAUACCAGUGCACUGAUGUGGAUGAGUGCACUUCAGGCCUGAGCCACUGCAGCAGCUUCGCCACCUGCCACAACACGCCAGGCUCAUACAAGUGCAAAUGCAAAGACGGCUACAGGGGGAUGGGCCACGACUGUAAACCCAUUCCAAAGGUGGUUAUUGACCCUCCAAGACCUGGCAAACAGCCACCCAAUCAUCACAACCACAUCCCAGAUUUGGAUCACAAGAGGUUCCCAACAAUCCGCCCGACAGUGACACCAAAGAAACCUAUCAUUACUGUCCCCAAACGACCAGCCACAACUAUGACCAAAGCCCCUCUGCCUCCCAGGAGGGUGACCCCUCCUCCACCCAAGCCAGCCGUGCCAACUCACAAGCCUUUCAUGCCAACAAGAAAGCCCACACACAAACCCUACAUACCACCAAAGCCAGUGGCUCCGACCAGACGACCCCCACCACCAUCCCCUCCACCAGUUACACCAGUAGACAACACCAUCCAGAAGGAGGUCACCAAACAGAGAGGCGAUGUGCACAUCCCUCGUAACCAUGACCAGAACACCAUCCUUGAUGCCGACUUUGACAUUGAGCUCGGCAACACGGCACAUGAAGCCAAAGAUGAUCCAGAAUCUGGCUUUUUGAGCUGCUUCUUUGAUGACGGUCUGUGUGGUUGGAUCAGGGACAAGGAUGGAGACUUGCACUGGGAGACCACACCUGAUCCAGCAGGUGGACGAUAUCUUACGAUUCCAGAGACAGGAAACAAGAGGACAGGACGAGGGGCCCGGCUCGUCCUCCCACUCACCCCACCCUGGAAUGAUGGAAAUCUGUGCCUGUCAUUCCGGCACAAGCUGGCAGGCCACCAUGUGGGAAUGCUUCAAGUGUUUGUGAAGAAGGGGAAGCAGUACAGUCCAGCAGUGUGGGGCCGGACUGGAGGGAAUGGGUGGAGGCACACACAGAUCACAUUAUGGGGCACGGGCCUGGAAAGUGUGAUCCUGAAGGGAGAGCGUGGGCGUGGCAGAAGUGGAGAGAUGGCUGUGGACGACAUGACCCUAAGAAAAGGCUCCUGCAAAGAGGAGCACAAUCUGAGGAGACUCUGAUUAAAAAAAU